AGUAGUGCGGUGGUAGUAAUAAAAAGGAGUAACAAACUUGGAAACAAAAAGGUUAUCAAGAGGCCGCAAACUGGCCAUUGAAUAUGGAGUUUUGCUGGGUGUUUGGGAACCGGUUUCAGUCGUCACCUUCGUUGUUUUCUUCUUCUUCUUUUGCAGCUCCCCAACGAAACAACAAGUUCCGGUGUGUAGCAACUACAAAGAUCUCUAUUCCGUGUACUAAGCUAGCCGAAUUUCAUGUCUCCCCAAGUGUUUCCCGUAGUGAGAGACACUCUGCUAUUCUUCAAAUUCAGGACUCAUCUGACUUGCCUUCUGCUCUUUCAAGGCACGGUGAGACGCUUAAAGUACAAGAUAUGAAUGUCAUUUUGCGUUAUUUCGGGAAGCUAAGUAGACGGCAGGAGCUUCACCAGGUGUUUGAUUGGAUGCAGCAGAAUCAGAAGAUCAAUUUUGCAUCGUACAGCAGUUAUGUAAAGUUCAUGGGAAAGAGCCUCAGUUCUGUUGAGGGUGUAGAAAUGUACAGAAGCAUCAAAGACAGGUCGACAAAGUUUAAUGUCUCAGUCUGUAAUGCAUUUCUUAGUUCUCUAACCAAAAAUGGAAAACCUGAGAGCAGUCUCAAACUGUUUACUCAAAUGAAGCGAGAUGGUUUAGUACCAGAUGUUGUCACAUAUAGCACGCUUCUUGCAGGCUGUGCCAAAGUAAAAGAUGGAUACUAUAAGGCACUAGAGCUGGUUCAGGAGCUGAUGUCUAAUGGACUGCAAAUGGAUAGUGUGACUUAUGGGUCGCUCCUUUCUGUCUGCGCUUCACAUAAACAGUGCAAUGAAGCUGCAAAGUACUUUCAGAAGAUGAAAGCUGAAGGUCAUUCACCUAAUGUCUACCACUAUAGCUCUUUGCUUAAUGCUUACUCUGCUGACAGAAAUUACGAGAAGGCUGAGACAUUGAUUGAAGAGAUGAGAUCUGCAGGCUUAGUAUUAAAUAAGGUAAUCUAUACAACUUUGUUGAAGGUAUAUGCAAAAGGAGGUUUGUUUGAGAAGGCAAAGGAACUACUAAAGGAGUUAGAAGCUCUUGGCUAUGCUAAGGAUGAGAUUCCAUUUUGUCUCCUAAUGGAUGGCCUGGCAAAGUCUGGACAUCUUCUUGAAGCAAAAUCGGUAUUUGAUGAGAUGAUGGGAAAACAGGUGAAAACUGAUGGCUACUCCUAUAGCAUUAUGAUUUCAGCAUUCUGCCGCAGUGGGCUUCUCGAAGAUGCAAAGAAAUUAGCUUUUGAAUUUGAAGAAAAAUAUGACAAAUAUGAUAUAGUUAUCUUGAAUGCGAUGCUCUCUGCCUACUGCAGAGCAGGAGAAAUGGAGAAUGUAAUGAGCAUGAUGAAGAAGAUGGAUGACUCUGCAAUUAGUCCUGAUUGGAAUACCUUUAAUAUUCUUAUAAGAUAUUUCUCCAAGGAGAAACUAUAUUUGCUUGCCUAUCGUACCAUGGAGGACAUGCAUAGAAAAGGUCACCAGCCAGAGGAGGGACUUUGUUCCUCUUUAAUUUAUCAUCUUGGUAAGACAGGUGCAUAUUCAGAAGCAUUUUCUGUAUACAACAUGUUGAGAUAUAGCAAAAGAACCAUAUCCAAAGUCCUUCAUGAGAAUAUUUUGCACAUUUUGAUUGCUGGGCGCCUCCUCAAAGAUGCUUAUGUGGUAGUCAAGGACAAUGCAGGAUUCAUCUCCCAACCGGCUAUCAAAAAAUUUGCUGUCAACUUCUUGAGAUCUGGCAAUGUAAACCUAAUCAAUGAUGUGAUGAAGGCCAUGCACAGCUCUGGCCACAAGAUUGAUCAGGUUCUUCCACAGUUUGAGAAAACGGGUUUUGGAAAGCUAUUUUAUUCCUUCUUUGGACAGGAAUUAUUUGAUAUGGCUAUAUCACGCUACGUUGCAAAACCAGAAAAGAAGGAAUUACUUAUCCGGUUACUGAAGUGGAUGCCUGGUCAAGGUUAUGCUAUUGAUUCAUCAACUAGAAAUUUGAUUCUGAAGAAUUCUCACUUGUUUGGCCAUCAACUUAUUGCUGAGUCAUUAUCCAAGCAGCUUGUGAUGUCAAAAAUUGUGAAACCUCACAAGGAAAAUGCAAGAUAACGGAAGCUGGAUGGCUAAGUUGGACAUUAAUUUGCUGUAAAGAGACCUUUGAUAUGCUGCAGGUCUUAAGCUGAUAAUUUUGUUCCUGAGGCAGCUAUAUUUGCGGAAACAAUUUACACUACUCUUAGCUUAAUGACAAAUAUGGCAAUGCAUGUGACAACUUGAAUAAGAUAUCUGAGGGUGUCACAAGUUUCUGACGAAGCAUGCCAAUGACCAGCACCAGCUUGUCUCCAUUCAUGUUGGGAUAAUCAUUCGAAUUUCUCAUCAUAUUUAAUUGAGCUAUGACAUUCGCAGUGCCUUGUGUAGAGCCAUUCGUGAUUGUGACAGACAAGUUUCGAAAUAUCAGUUACAUUAAUGCAUACCUUCUACGGUGGAUAGCUUCAAAGGCACAAACUUUUAGGAAAAGGUACUUCCUUGCACUAUAUUUGUUCCUAGAUCUGAGUAUAAAUGAAAAUCCUCUUAUAAAAUAGUA